AUGAUAAUGAAGAACCAAAGUGUCAUCUCACAGUUCCUCCUUUUGGGUUUGCCCAUCUCCCCAGAACAACAGAACCUGUUCUAUGCCCUGUUCUUAGCCAUGUACCUCACUACUGUCCUGGGGAACCUCCUCAUCAUCGUCCUCAUUCUACUGGACUCCCGUCUCCACACACCCAUGUACUUCUUUCUCAGCAACUUGUCUUUUGCUGAUUUCUGCUUUUCCUCUGUCACAAUGCCAAAAUUGUUGCAGAACAUGCAGAGCCAAGUACCAUCCAUCUCCUAUGUAGGCUGCCUGACACAAAUAUUCUUCUUUCUAUAUUUUGGAUACCUUGGGACCUUCCUCCUUGUGGUUAUGGCCUAUGACCGCUAUGUGGCUAUCUGUUUUCCCCUUCAUUACACCAGCAUCAUGAGUUCUAAGCUCUGUGGGGGCCUGGUGGUACUGUGUUGGGUGCUGACCACAUUCCAUGCUUUGUUACACACCCUACUCACGGCCAGAUUGUCGUUCUGUGAUGACAAUGUGAUCCACUAUUUCUGUGAUAUGACUACUUUGCUGAAACUGGCUUGUUCUGAUGCUCAUGAUAAUGAAUUGGCGAUAUUUAUCUUAGGAGGCCCUGUAGUUGUCCUCCCUUUCCUUCUCAUCAUUGUUUCCUAUGCAAGAAUUGUUUCCUCCAUCUUCAGGGUCCCUUCUUCUCAUGGUAUCCGUAAGGCCUUUUCGACCUGUGGUUCUCACCUGUCUGUAGUGUCACUAUUCUAUGGGACAGUCAUUGGUCUCUACUUAUGUCCUUCUGCUAAUAACUCUACUGUGAACGAGACCAUCAUGACUUUGAUGUACACAGUGGUGACUCCCAUGCUGAAUCCCUUCAUCUAUAGCCUUAGGAACAGAGACAUGAAGGGAGCAUUAGAGAGAGUAUUUUGUAAAAAGCAAAGUACUUCCUUCCUAUGA